UCGACGGUAUGGUUGAGAAGUUGCAGUAGGCAGAGAGCUGCAGACUGACGGAUGGAGUUGAUCUGGAGUGUCGGGCGCAGGGCCCAAGAGAAUGCGACGAAAGCAUUCAAAUGGGUCUUCGACAGUGAGCCAAAAGUGUUGCACUGCGUGGCUUGGGCACAAAUGGCCACGUGUGGGGAUCAGAAGACGGCAGGUUCGCUGAAAACCGCUCAAAACCAGGAAGGUCAAUGACCAACACGGCGUAGGCCACAGCAGCCCAACGCUCGGGAAGACGGAGAGCCAUCUCCCCCAAACGAGGAACACCCCAGGUGCCGUGGUUGACGACUGUGCACGACUGGGAGAGAGGGUGACGACUCUGUGCUCCACCGAGAUUCGGUGACGCCUCUCCUUCCGCCAAGCGUGUUUCGAAACACGCCCCGCGAUGCGUCCACGGGUCGGGGGGGUCAGGUUCGGGUGGAUGAGAACCUUUGGCCGACCUCCCCCCAAUAGCGGCCUCCAACCUAAUAGCAAUCCUGGCGUGGAGAGACCACGGCAGGUGGAUGAGACCUUCACACAUCAGAACUUCCCCGCAGCGUCCGAGCAGACACUGCAGUUGCGCCGACAGACCUGGGCGAGCUUGCUCUAUCGCUUCCAGAAGUACGGGCAUUUCUCCACGGGCAAUCGGGUCCAAGCUUUGGAGGGAGGAGAUGCCUGCUUCAAGGAAAUGUUAGAGGUCAUCUCCUUGUCUCAGACUCGGGUUUGGUGCGAAAGUUACAUCUUUGACAACAGCCGCGUGGCCGAGAUCUUCUUCAUGGCGCUCCGUGAAGCGGCGACGCGUGGCCUGGACGUGGUCUUGCUGGUGGACUACAUUGGUGCCUUCGCGCUGCGACAGGACUGGGUGCAGGAGCUUCGCAGGGCCGGAGCCGAAGUGGUGUUCUUCAACCCGGUGCUCCCCGCCAGCCUUUGCGUGGGCCCCAUCUCCUUCCGAGACCACCGGAAGAUUAUGAUUUGCGACGACGUGGGCUUUUGUGGUGGCAUGAACAUCCAAGAGGAGGUGGGUGAAGAAACAUUUGGCACCAGCCGCUUCUACGAUGUUCAUGCAAAGUUGGAAGGACCCUGCGUGGCGGAUUUGGCCGAAGUCUUCCGGGACUCCCUCAAAGAAGCUGGAGGGCAUGUGCAUCGAAACCCAAUCCAGGUGCCGGAACUGUUGGAACCUGGAGUGUAUGUGCAGAUCUUGCAGUCCAAUGUUCGUCAGAGGCGACGGACCUUGCAGAAGGUCAUGCAAAAAAGUAUCGAUGCUGCAAGUGAGUCAGUUCUGCUCACUACUGCAUAUUUCUUCCCGCCGACUUUCUUGAAGGCGGCUUUGCUGCGGGUGCCAACUCGUGGUGCACACCUUUCGCUGCUGUUGUCUGGCUCCUCAGACUUCUUUCCUUUGCCUGGAGACCUGCUGGCGCAAUCGCAUUUUUUGCGAAGCUUUCUGAGGGAUACUCCUGAAGACAAGGUGAGCGUUCACCUCUAUGAGCAGCGCCAUAUGCAUGCAAAGCACAUGUGUGUGGACGGUGUUUUUUCCACCAUCGGCUCCUUCAACUUUGACCUUUACUCGGCCCGGCGCAACCUGGAAGUCGGCGUGGCGGUCUUCGACCGCAGCUUUGCUCUCAGGAUGCAGGAGUUGCAUCUCAAGCGCUUGAAGGAGUCCAGGCGGACCCUCUAUAGUGACUGGAUUUACCACCAACCACUGGUGCGCGCCGCGUGUGCAGUGGCCUUUGGCCUCGUGCGGCUCUCUGGACGGAAUGUCUUCGAUGGCUUGGACUGCUUCCAACGGAAGUGGCUGUUGCGGAAGGCCACCCUGACCUUCUUACUGGAGGAGCAGUCUGCUCAGUUCAUUGCCACUUCCAUGAUGUGGGGUCUGGAAUGAGAGAGGACUGUGAUUCCACCCAUGACGAGGUUGAAGAGAAACCGCACAGAUACACUGCGAAACGUGUGUGAGACUGCGAAACGUGUGUGUGUGUGUUUAUGGAUUGUUACGAGAUGUUACGAGCAAGACCUGCAGUCGCAGGUGUUGAUUUGUUUGCGGGCACACACCGAAGCUGGCGUCUUGAGCCAGUGAUCGAAGAAGGCGAUACCGUAGUAGCUCAACUUUGUACAUAAAUCAGGAUCUAAAGGAUUAGCUGGUGGUUUCAAAGGAUUUUAGUAUCUCUUAGCGGAUCUUCCUUUAGAUCGGAUCCUUUUAGUCAGGAUCUUAGUAGUCAGGAUCCGCUUCAUCCGCUCCAAAGAUUGGUUGAAAAGUGAGCUGACAAAGAGCCUUUCAUUCUCCCAGUCCUUCUCCCCAUAUGGCCACUGGGUGAUGGACCACUGCCACAACUCUGCCACAACUCAGAGCACUUGAAAGUAUUCGACUUGUCAGGUCUGGACUCGGUAUGCAAAAGCCGAUUUUUCGAGUUUUCUGCUUGCACUAGUCAUUUGAUUCGCCCCUGUUUGGCUCAAAUGAGCUUUAAUGUUGCCA